CGAAGUGGACGAGCAGAUAUCAUGGGUGGGGCAUUGCAGGAGGAAGUGUUUGAAAUAUAGAGUGAAGUUGUUUUUUGUAAUUGAGGGCAGCGCUCCGCCGCUCACAAAAUGUGCAAAUUGAGACGAAGACUCGUCAAGUCUUUCACGCUAGAAUAUGGAAAAGAUACGCUGUUAUACUUUUUGCCUUGUGUGCAUGUGGUGAGUGCACUGAGUGGUGGGCCGAGGCCCUAAAGCCUUGACGAGGCUUUUUCUUCUUCUGGGUCGGUACGGACACUUCGCAUUGGUACUGGUUGUGCAAUGGUGAUGGGUGGAAACGAUCAUGUUUUGUUUUUUUUUAACUAUUUUCACUAUUUUUUAGUUUUUACUAUUUGACCACUUUUUUUUACGUCAAUUAUGAAACUACUAGCCGUCUCUGUAGCAGAGAGUGUAGGAGCGACUAUGUGUUGCCUCAUUGAGGUUCACUGUUGUGUCAGAGUUUUCUUAGCAUAGGAUGGUGGGCCUUGGAUAUCAUCAUAUCAUCUCGUCAUCAUCGUCAUCAUUGUCAUCAUCAUCGUCAUUGUCAUCAUCAUCGUCAUCAAACAACUCGUCAUCGUCGUCAUCGUCGUCAUCGUCAGCAUUGUGUUGGCAUCAGUGGAGGCGGAGGCAGCUCGCCAUCAUCACCGUCAUCAUCGUUAUCGUCGUCAUCGUGAUCGUCAUCAUCGUUGGCAUUGGCGUCGCCGUCAGCGGCGGUACGAUAAUCAUCAUCAUCGCUCAGGUCUUCAGCCGGUGGGCCUUAUGCGGCAAUCUUUUGAGUUAUCGGCAUCCGGAGGGUGGUACUGUUUGCCGUCUCCAUUUUGCUGUGGACGCAUGAGCUGGAUAUCCGAUAUAGUAUAUGUACUCGCCACUGUCAUUCACUGAGGUCGUCAUAUAUAGUAUUUCCGGCCGAACGACUCAUAUGGUGCAUGACAUGAGCUGGAAAUACUAUAUAUGUACUUGCCACUGGCACCACUGAAAACUUCAGUCGACGCUUGAGCUGCGAAGUACCCUGCGUGCGAUGAGGUGGAGCCGGCAAACAACUGA